UUUUUGUUAUUUUAUUUUUUACCUACGUGACUUUACCCAAUAGAAGCAAAGAGUACAGUGCAAUCUCUUCGAUUGUGGGUCAAGUGCUCUACAACAGCACCAAGUGGCCACGAUAAUCACAGUGUAUAUGCGUACACUUUACUUAAAUAUCAAUUUCCCCAUUUACUGUGGAUACAAGGGUUCCCUGAUUGAAUAUUAACGUCUGAUAUGGUCACGCAAAAGCUAUCAAAUUUGAGAGGUUUAACCAGGCCUCAUUUCAACCUGGUCGUGUGACGAAUGAGAUGUGGAAAAGAAUAACUGAAAUGUUUGCGUGUGGGAGACGGAUACAUGAAGGAGGUGCAUUGUCUGCAUCUUUGUUUUGUGAUUUUCCGCAAUGACGCUAAUAAGAAUUGUGUGCCAUCUACCAUGACAGCAGGCUCACCCCCAUCAUCAACCUAACAUCUCAAAAUAAUAAUUUGCAUAGUUGUGGAAACUAUAAAUAACAAGAGAUUUGCAGACAAUGUAAAUACAGUAUAUCUCUCACGUAAACAUUUCAAAAUAUAUUUUUUUACACAACCCAGUGAUCCCACAGCCGUUAUGGGACGUUAAGCGUUGGUUUCAGUACAAGCAAACAUUGGAAAGGGUAUCAUCCUCAAUUUAGAUUCACCGUGCACCGAGCUCGCCUCUCUCGACGAAGCGCAAUUCUCCCCGUGAAAGGAACAAGAGAGGCGCUCCUAUCCCUCCUCACCCACCCCUCUCGUCCUCUGCCUCCCGGUUCGCUCCUGCCUCACCCCUCCACCCACUUCACCACGGAUAAAAGCGCGCGCUCGCAGGACACGGAGACACAAUUAGAGACAGAACGUAGGUAUUCACUAUUCCACCACUACCACCUUCCUCCACCACUGUUGUCAGCAGCAUCAGGGCCAGCAGCAGUCCCCCAUGCAGUGACUUCUCUCAAACGACCGUCUUCUGCAUAAUGCCAAGAGGCGACACACGGACAGAGUUUGAAGCGCUCGUGGAAAAUACAUUUCUGCUUCAGCGCGCGAGCCGGCCGUGCUGUGUGGGCCCUCUGUGUCUUCGAGCAGGUACUGUGUCUUCCCUCAGGCUGCUCUGGCUGCACAUCAGAUUCAACCUCAUGAGAAGUUGUGGGGGUACUUAAAGAUAGCCUAUCGUACGAAUCAUAAUGCCUACAUAAUAUAAUUGAUAAUACAUCACUUUUAAAACUUCAAGUUCCUAAAAGUAUAUUUUGGCACAAUUGCAGUCUGUUAUGUUAAUCAAUCAAGUCUCUUGUAACCCAGUCGGAUCCCAGUGAAAUCGUCGCGUUUUCAAUAAAAGACGUGGCAGAGUAGAGCCAAACAUCCCGAGUCACGCCACGCAAGGGGGCCGGUUGGGAGAGCGGCACGGGAACGAUGAGUGACGAUCCAUUCGUUGGGAACUCCUCGGACGAGAGCGCCAGCACGCUGGCGAGCGGUGCCUGGCCCUCCGCCGCUCCCAACGGCACCGCAGCGCCGCACCCGCCGCUGGCGAGGCGCCCCGAGCGUGACGAGGCGCUGGCUCGAGCCGAGGUCACCGUGCUCGGCCUGAUCUUUGUGCUGGCGACGAGCGGCAACGCCACGCUGCUCGUGUCGUUGUGGAGGAGGCGCAAGCACGCGUCGCGCAUGCACGCCUUCCUCGUGCACCUCAGCGUCGCCGACCUCGUCGUCGCCUUCUUCCAGGUGCUGCCGCAGCUCGCGUGGGACGUCACCGACGCCUUCCAGGCAUCCAACGGCGUGUGUAAGGUGGUGAAGUACCUGCAGGUGGUCGGGAUGUUUGCGUCCGCGUACAUGAUCGUGGCGAUGACCGUGGACCGCUUCCAGGCGGUCUGCUACCCGAUGGUCACCUUCAAGAAGAAGCGCUCGCGCUGGAACGGCCUCGUGUGCGCCGCGUGGGCCACCUCGCUGGCCCUCAGCACGCCGCAGAUAUUCAUCUUCUCGCUGAGCGAGUACGAAAAGGGCAUCUUCGAUUGCACCGCGACGUUCGCGGCACACUGGGGCGCCAAGGCGUACGUGACGUGGGUGACGCUGGCCGUGUUCGUGCUGCCCACGCUCGCAGUGGUCAUUUGCCAGGCUCAGAUCUGCCGCAUCAUCCGCCUCAACCUCUACGUGAAGACGCACCAGGGCCCCGACGAGGAGGAGACGAUCGGCGGGGACGAGCGCCGUGCCGGGGGGCAGCUCAUGCCGUCGCGGGCCAGCAGCGUCACGGGGAUCUCCAGGGCCAUGAUCAACACGGUGCGCAUGACGCUGGUGAUCGUGCUGGUGUACGUGGCGUGCUGGGCACCGUGGUUCACCGUGCAGCUCUGGUCGGCCUGGGACAGCAAGGCUCCCAAGGAAGGCCCCACGUUCGUCAUCAUCAUGCUGCUGGGAAACCUCAACAGCUGCACCAACCCCUGGAUCUACCUGUGGUUCGCGGGGGGGCUGCCCCCGGGCGGCUGCCGGGGGCUCGUGCCGCACGCACGCCCACCGGCGCCCGACUUCAACGUGGACGAGUCGGUGAUGAGCACAGCCACAUUCCGCGAAGAUCGCGACGACUCGCUGCGUGGCGGAGACACCCCGACUCCCCCGUUCGCAUGCCUGCCGCCCUCGCAGGCGCAGGCUGCCAGCUCGCUGCACGCCGUGUCCUGCCUGCCCUGAGCCACCGUCCCCGCACCC